ACUAUUUUGGUUGGGUAGUCCUAAUCCAUCAUCCUCUCUGCAACUUCAUCUUCAAGUUUAUUCAGUGCAUAAUUCCCCUUUAUUUUUCAUUUUUCUUUUGGUCUCACCUUCUGUUUUGAUCUAUCUUAUUGACUUCAAUCUGACCGAACCGCAGACUCCUGUUUUUUCAUCAGCUAGGUUCUCUUUACAGCCAUGUACUGAUCUUUCACCAAUAAUUCUGAGAUGGGGUUGUUGAAAGUUGUGGCCUUUAGUCUGUCCUUGCUGCUGUUCGUGGCGGUGGUCACUGGAAUUGGAGUGAACUGGGGAACUCAAGCUUCUCACCCUCUUCCACCUUCCACGGUGGUCCGGAUGCUCGUAGACAACGGAUUCCAAAAGGUUAAGCUUUUCGAUGCUGAUUCCUCCAUCCUAAACGCUCUUAGCAAGUCCGGGUUACAGGUGAUGGUUGGUAUUCCUAACGACAUGCUCUCUGCCCUUGCCAACAGUGUACAAGCUGCUGAAAAUUGGGUUGCUACCAACGUUUCCUCUCAUAUCUCCUCCAAUAGUGUGGACAUCCGAUAUGUUGCAGUUGGGAACGAGCCAUUCCUUGAGACAUAUAAUGGAAGUUACAUCGGGCUCACUCUGCCUGCUCUUCAAAACAUCCAGGCUGCUCUUAUAAAGGCAGGGUUAAGCACUCAGGUAAAGGUGACUGUCCCCCUCAAUGCUGAUGUAUACCAGAGUUCGACCAAUAUUCCUUCUGAUGGCGAUUUCCGCUCCAACACCAAGGACACCAUGCUGCAGAUUGUUGAGUUUUUAAGUAACAAUGGAGCUCCUUUCACAGUAAACAUCUACCCCUUCAUAAGCCUCUAUGAGCAGCCCAGCUUCCCGGUGGAAUUUGCCUUCUUUGAUGGGUCUUCAACUCCAGUUAACGAUGGUGGAAAAGUCUAUACCAACGUCUUUGAUGCAAACCAUGACACGCUUGUCUGGGCCCUGCAGAAGAAUGGCUAUGGAAACAUGUCUAUAAUUGUUGGAGAAAUUGGUUGGCCAACCGAUGGGGAUAAAAAUGCAAACUUGAAUUACUCUCAGCGUUUUAAUCAGGGGUUUAUGUCCCGUAUCAAGGACGGAAAAGGAACUCCGCUGAUACCGGUUGCCAUGGAUGCAUAUCUUUUUAGCCUGAUAGAUGAAGAUGCCAAAAGCAUCCAGCCAGGUAAUUUCGAGCGCCAUUGGGGCUUAUUCACCUUUGACGGGCAGCCUAAGUAUCAACUCAGCUUGGGGACGACACACUCAAAUGGUUUGAUAGCAGCGAAAGGUGUUCAAUAUCUGUCACAGAAAUGGUGUGUUAUGACACCAUCGGCCAGCCUUGAUGACCCACAAGUGGUACCAAGCGUGAGUUAUGCCUGUGCAAACGCUGAUUGCACGAGUCUCGGGUACGGGACUUCAUGUGGAAACUUGGAUGCUCAACAGAACAUCUCUUAUGCGUUUAAUGAUUACUACCAGCUUCAGAAUCAGCUCGAUACUGCCUGCCGGUUCCCAAACAUCUCCACUGUCGUGACUCAAAACCCAUCAGUUGGAACCUGCAAGUUCGGGAUCAUGAUCAAAACGGACUCUGCAAGUUUGCAGUCUGCAGCCCCGAGAAAGCCAGCUGGUCUGAUGUUGUUGCUCAUGUCUGCAUUUCUCUACAGCAUUAUGUGAAAUAUACAGGGUGAAUUUUCCAAUUGAGAUGUAUAAAGAAAACCCAGUUGAUUGGUGACUAAUAGUGUGUUUUUUAAUGGAAAUGCAUAAUUCAUUAGCAGGAUGUCACUAAUGAUCCUAUUGUGGCAAAGCAAGGCUGGACAUGCCACAAAAGUUAGUCCUGGAAUAACUGCAGCCAGGGAAGCACAAGCUGAAGAAAAACAGGAAAGGUAAGCAAAAAUUUCUUUCCAUUUAUCAAUCACUUUUGAUACAUGGGCUGUACAAGGUUGACUAUUUAAGAAUCACUUGGCUGCCUUUGAAAAUACAAACAAGGAGGAAAUAAAAACACUAGGAAGUU